CCAAGUACUAUCAUUAGGUUGCUGCUCCUGGAGCUCCACAUCGAUAAACCUGAUCUUCAUGACCUACACCUGCACUCCUAUCUUUGACCCCAAAGUCGCAACCUAACAUCUGCCCCAAACAAGCUUCCCCAAGGAACAGCAUCCGAUAUUCCACGCCACAUCCCAGGGACCCCCAACCGAACGAAUCACCCUGGCGAAAUGACAGGUCACAGUGUGUGCGAAGCCGAGAAAUAUCCCGCCGCGGUCGAGCUCCCCGCCGACUCUGAAACACCAGCACACCUGGCGGCGGCGGCUUCUUCCCCUGAUCUCCAGCCAGGAGACUACAACCCCUGUGUGGGCGCAAAGCCCUCCUCACCCUUUUAUCGCCAUGCCACCCCAUCCAUGAACAUCGAUCGCCUGAAAGUGGAAAGUGAGAAACCCCAGCCCACCGUCCAGCGCUACAUUUCCCCCGUCAUCCCCGAGAGCCCGCCCAUGUUCAACGUAUCCGCCUUGGAGUCGGGCAGCCGUCAUGAGUCGACGUCGAAUCUCUGGGGCCAACCGAAGAGGCACUGCGGGUGCAUGAAUCGGCUGAGCCGCAAGCAGCGCAUCGUGGCCAAAGGCGUCAUUGCCGUGGUGAUCCUGGGAACCAUGAUUGCGAUCGCGGUGGGAAUUACCGUCGCUGUCGGAGGAGCCGUGUGGAGGUCGGAUCACCGACAGGAGUUAAUCGGCUGAGG